GUUAGGGAGGGAGUGGAUACGCCAAGGAGAAGUUCUCGCCGGCCAGCUGGCUGUUUGCAAGAUCUCAAACAGCGGCUCGUGCUGUAUGGCGAGUUUAUCCCUUGUCUGCCCCUGUGCCAUCAGAGACAAACUAUUCCCCGUCUAAGUGGAUUUUUCUUCCUUGCUGGUUCUGAAAGCGCUUGGGAUUGAACGACUUUGAACCUGCGUGGAUUACAUACCUUGCGUAGGAAAGGCUGUGCUUUGCGUUGUGUACGAGCAUCGUUUUUUCUGUCGACAGUGCAGAAAGCAGGACACUGCAGUGAGUUGAGAAUAUAAAGGGAAUGCUCAGAGCACACCAGAGGCAAGCUCACUCCUGGACAGGUACUCUCUGACGGAGGCCACACUCUGAGGUGGAGGAGGCUGUAAAGAGGCCCUGAAGGAGCCUCCCCACCCGCCCUACCCCGACCAGCCGGACACAUCGGACAGCCAUGGCUCCCCGGAAACGCGGCGGCGGUGGCCGUGGUGGUGGCCUCUCUUUCAUCUUCUGCUGUUUUAACAGCAGUGAUCACCCAGAGAUCACAUACAGGCUCAGAGAAGACUUUGCCCUGCAGGCCAUGGAGCCGUCAUUGCCGAUGCCAGGAUAUGAUGAGCUGGACGGCAUGUUCUCCGAGUUGGUGGAUGAGCUUGACCUCACAGAGAAACACAGAGAAGCCAUGUUUGCCCUGCCUGCAGAGAAGAAAUGGCAAAUCUACUGCAGCAAAAAGAAGGAACAAGAAGAAAACAAAAGUGCAACUAGUUGGCCAGAAUUCUACAUCGAUCAGCUCAAUUCAAUGGCAGCUAGAAAGACGCUCCUCGCUCUGGAGAAAGAGGACGAGGAAGAGAGGAACAAAACCAUAGAGAGCUUGAAGACGGCUCUGAGGACACAACCCAUGAGGUUCGUGACUCGCUUUAUCGACCUUGACGGCCUGACGUGCAUCCUGAACUUCCUGAAGAGCAUGGACUACGAGACAACAGAGUCGCAGAUCCACACGUCUCUCAUCGGCUGCAUCAAAGCGCUGAUGAACAACUCGCAGGGCCGCGCCCAUGUCCUCUCUCAUUCCGAGAGCAUCAACAUUAUCGCUCAGAGCCUGGCCACAGAGAACAUCAAGACCAAGGUGGCGGUGUUGGAGAUUAUGGGCGCUGUGUGUCUGGUGCCUGGUGGGCACAAAAAAAUCCUGGAGGCCAUGCUGCACUACCAACGCUUCGCCUGCGAGAGGACACGGUUCCAGACUCUUAUAAAUGAUCUGGACCGGAGUACAGGGCGAUACAGGGAUGAGGUCAACCUGAAAACAGCCAUCAUGUCCUUCAUAAACGCGGUGCUUAGUCAGGGUGCUGGAGAGACAAGUGUGGAAUUCCGUAUCCACCUACGAUAUGAGUUUCUCAUGCUGGGGAUCCAACCUGUGAUCGAUAAACUACGUUCUCAUGAAAACUCCACAUUAGACAGGCAUUUAGAUUACUUUGAGAUGCUGCGGAACGAGGAUGAGCUGGCUUUGUCAAAACGUUUUGAGUCGAUACAUAUAGACACCAAAAGUGCCACCCAAGUUUUUGAUCUCAUCCGCAAGAAGAUGAACCACACUGACGCAUACCCGCACUUUAUGUCUGUCCUGCAUCACUGUCUCCUAAUGCCACAUAAGAGGAGCGGCAACACGGUGCAGUACUGGCUGCUGCUGGAUCGCAUUGUCCAGCAGAUGGUCUUACAGAAUGACAAAGGUCACGACCCUGACGUCACACCACUGGAGAAUUUUAACGUGAAGAACGUUGUCCGGAUGCUGGUCAAUGAAAAUGAGGUCAAACAGUGGAAAGAGCAGGCGGAGAAAAUGAGAAAAGAGCACCACGAGUUGCAGCAGAAGUUCGAUAAGAAGGAGCGUGAAUGUGACGCAAAGACGCAGGAGAAAGAGGACAUGAUGCAGACGCUCAACAAAAUGAAAGAGAAGCUGGAGAAGGAGAGCACUGAGCACAAGAAUGUCAAACAGCAAGUGGCCGAACUCACGGUCCGACUGCAUGAACUCAGCACACAGAGACAAGCAGCUGUUGUUCCUGGCGGCCCUCCCCUCGCCCCCGGUCCCCCCGGUGGCCCUGUGCCUCCUCCACCCAUGCCAGGUUUUGCUGGUAUGUGCCCACCUCCCCCGCCUCCUCCUCCUGGGGGCAUGAUGCCCCCUCCACCUCCUCCUCCCCCUCCUCCAGGUGGUCCCCCACCUCCUCCAGGGCGCCCACCCAUCGGGGGUAUCCCUCCCCCACCUGGUGCGCCUCUAGGACCAUCCCUGAAGAAGAAGAACAUUCCCCAGCCAUCCAACGCUCUCAAAUCCUUCAACUGGGCCAAGUUAGCUGAGAAUAAACUGGAGGGAACUGUAUGGAUGGAUGUGGACGACGCCAAGGUUUUCAAAAUCCUUGAUCUGGAUGACAUUGAGAAGACCUUCUCAGCCUAUCAGAGACAGCAGGACUUCUUUACGAUCAAUAACAGCAAACAGAAAGAGGCAGAGGACGACACGCUGAGCUCUAAAAAAGUCAAGGAGCUGUCAGUCAUCGACGGCCGUCGAGCUCAAAACUGCAACAUCCUCCUCUCGCGGCUGAAGCUUUCAAACGAAGAGAUCAAGAGAGCCAUUCUAACGAUGGAUGAACAGGAAGACCUUCCUAAAGACAUGCUGGAGCAGCUGCUGAAGUUUGUCCCUGAGAAGAGCGAUGUUGAUCUUCUGGAGGAGCAUAAACAUGAGCUCGACCGGAUGGCAAAACCCGACCGCUUCCUCUACGAGAUGAGCAGAAUAAACCACUACCAGCAGAGGCUGCAGUCUUUAUACUUCAAAAAGAAGUUUGCAGAGAGGAUAGCCGAGAUGAAACCCAAAGUUGAAGCUCUGACCAAGGCUUCUAAGGAGAUCUUACACAGCAAAAACCUGAAGCAGCUGUUGGAGGUGGUGCUGGCCUUUGGAAACUUCAUGAACAAGGGUCAGAGGGGGAACGCUUACGGCUUCAAGGUGUCUUCACUCAACAAGAUCGCUGAUACCAAAUCCAGCAUCGACAAAAACAUCACUCUGCUGCACUACCUGAUUACUAUUCUGGAGAAGAAAUACCCCAAAGUCCUGAUGUUCCAGGAAGAUCUGCAGAGUAUCUCAGAGGCAGCCAAAGUCAACAUGACUGAGCUGGAAAAAGAUAUCAACAACCUGCGCAGCGGCUUGAAAAGUGUGGAGAGUGAGCUGGAGUACCAGAAGAAGCGACCGCAGGAGCUGGGCGACAAGUACGUGUCGGUGGUGAGUCAGUUCAUCACCGUGGCCAGCUUCAGCUUCUCCGACGUGGAGGACUCUCUCACCGAGGCCAAGGAGCUGUUCCUGAGGGCAGUAAAGCACUUCGGCGAGGAUGCCAGCAAGAUGCAGCCAGAUGAGUUCUUUGGCAUCUUCGACCAAUUCCUGCAGUCGUUCUCCGAGGCUCAGCAGGAGAACGAGAACAUGCGGAAACGCAAAGAGGAAGAGGAGCGCCGAGCCAAAAUGGAAGCUCAGCUGAAAGAGCAGAGGGAGAAGGAGCGAAAGGCCCGGAAAGCGAAAGCAAACGGGGAGGAAGACGGCGGCGAGUUUGACGACUUGGUGUCAGCGCUGCGAUCGGGCGAGGUCUUCGACAAGGACCUGUCCAAGAUGAAACGCAACCGCAAGCGCAUCAACAACCAGACCACAGACUCGAGCAGAGAGCGACCAGUCACAAAGCUCAACUUCUAAGCGGGGCUGAGGUCAUCGUCCUCGCUCCCCUCCUGCUCAUCAUUAGUUUCCCUUUGGGUCGGACUGACAUGGCCACAUUCCUCUGCACCCUCCUCCAUUCCCACCCAGCUCAGCUUCAUCACUGCAAAGCCACACGCAGCACAACAUGUUUUGGACAUUUCAUCCUCGGAGAUUUUGAUGUUAAAACGGAGCUGAAGCCAAAAGUUGAUACUAUUGACCAAAUAAGAUAAUUACCCCGCUGGAGGAUCGGUUUGGUCUAAUGUGUUGAGAAGUUAAUAGUGCAGGUGCAGAACGUUUUUUUCCCCGCUGGAGAAAAUUUUCCCUCCAGGUGUACGAGAUGCUCGCGGUCGUUUGAUAGGAACCGCUCUGUGCUGUUUUUGUAAGUCAGAAUCUAUGCACAGAGAGAAGUGUGCAGCUAGCAGACUCCUUCAGGGCUUGACGCUCGAUCCAAACAGGAAGAUGAUUCCAUGAAAAAAACACAAAGGGGCCAUUUUGUACGGACUGAUUUCAUAGAACGAGAGGGGCUGCUUUCACACGCCUGAAACUGUCCAAGAGAGACCAAAUCUGAACGUCCUCUUGACGCUGCCGUUCUCUUGCAGGCAGAAACGCCACAGGACUGAUGUGGUUGCAACUGCGAGCUGAGAAGCAGAGGUUUCUUUUCUAUUCAUCAUUAUUGACGUGCAGAAUUUAUAUAUCUGAUCACUGUAUGUUUUAUUUUCCUGUUAAGAGCUGGCCUUAACUCUGUUGACUUUAAUUGUUCAGUUGGUACUCUCAAAAGGCCUGGGCCUAAUCUGCAAUUUCUCAACAAGUGUGGACACUCAUGUGUGUCAUAGAUUACAUAUAUCUAUAUAUAAGGUUGCGUGCUUGUUACACAUGCACAUAUAAAUUCAUAAUUACUAUGCUAAAUGCCAUUUAAACCAUACACAAUCGAUGCAAUACACGUGUUCCUCUCUGAAGGGAGUGCCCUCCUUUAAGUUUUUAUUCAGUAGAUAAAAUAUGUCGUCUGUGCACUUGCUGGAUUCACAUGGCAAAAAAUAUUUAAAGAAUAAACAAAAAAAAGAAAGAAAAGCCUGAUUGAAGACUCUGUGUGAGCCACAUGUGAUGUUUUCAUUCUUGUAGCAAACAUCACACGUGGACAUGAAACCGCUGAUUUGAAUUUGUCCCUCAGCUGCCGUGUGAAUCCAUCCAGCACCUCCAUUGGACUUUUAUAAUUUAAAUAUUGCCUUCCAUUGUACAAUGACCUGAUGAUAAUAAAUGGGAGAAAACA